AUGGGACGGCAACCUUGUUGUGACAAACUUGGGGUAAAGAAAGGGCCAUGGACAGCUGAGGAGGACAAGAAGCUCAUCAACUUUAUUCUCACUAAUGGCCAGUGUUGCUGGAGAGCUGUGCCUAAGCUCGCCGGGCUUCGCCGGUGCGGCAAGAGUUGCAGACUCCGUUGGACCAACUAUCUCCGGCCCGACUUGAAGAGAGGCCUCCUUACUGAAGCUGAAGAACAGUUGGUUAUUGAUCUCCAUGCUCGUCUUGGAAAUAGGUGGUCCAAGAUUGCAGCCAGAUUGCCAGGGAGGACUGAUAAUGAGAUCAAGAAUCAUUGGAACACCCAUAUCAAGAAAAAACUGCUUAGGAUGGGAAUUGAUCCUGUCACGCAUGAACCCCUCCACAAAGAAGAUCAGUUGGGGUGCAGCAAGGAAACCAACUCAUCAUCAUCAUCCCAUGAUCAUAAAAAUAACUUGCCAGAUCAUCAAUCUACAAAUGAUCAUAGCAUGGUCGCCAACUCAGCCGGAUCGGAGGACAUGAACUCAUCAAGCUCACCCCCAGAAAACUCUUCCUCCGGCGACGAAUCAACGCUGCUAGAUAGCAUUUGCAACGACGAGUCGUUGAUGAAGAACCUGUGGGUGGAUGAAACUCCUCUGAUUGAUGCAUUGUGGAGCAACAAUGGUCAAGUAGUAGCAGAUCACGGAGGCAACGAGAUUAAUAUUGAGAAUGGCAUGGGGUUGCAAACUUGGGAGGACAAUUGUGCAUGGCUUUUGGAUUGCCAGGACUUCGGUGUUCAUGAUUUUGGCAUGGAUUAUUGCUUCAACGACGUCGAAUUAAACGGUCUCAGCACAUUAGAGAUGGGGGAUAAAUUAAGCACUACUAUAAAUUAA